ACCACCUCAAGACAACAACACAUUAAAAUGCUUACAAGAUAACCGUCAUAAAAGUAGAAUUAUGGAGACAGGUUUCGAUAACAUUUUACCAAUUACUGAUGAAACUCCAAAGUAUGAAGAAGAACAGAACUUAUACGGAAACAUACAGACGAAGGAUGCUUUUUGGAAGGCUUUAACAAUCAAAACACUACGGGAUACAGUACGACAGCUAAAACGUGAUCCUGUACCUUUGUUUAAAGAAUUUUACACAUUGCAAAUGGACUUAAAAUACGACACAAAAGAAGCACUGAAGCCAAAUAAUGUUGCAAAAAAUAGAUACAGAAGUAUCUACCCAUACGAUGCAAGUAGAGCGGUCCUUCCUUUCUUAAGAGGGGAUUCAGACUCUGAUUUCAUUAACGCAAGUUACAUUGAUGGAUACUGUAAACCCAGGAAAUAUAUAGCUGCUCAAGGACCUCUCGAAAAUACAAUAUGCGAUACUUGGAGAAUGAUUCAUUCGGAAGAUAUCAAAAUUAUUGUCAUGGUUACCAAUAUUAUGGAAUUCGGGAAGAAGAAAUGUUUCAAAUAUUGGCCAGAUGAUCGUGCUACUUACGGAAAGUGUAAUGUCAAACUUGACCAAAUUGAAGAGUACGCUGACUUUGUUGUUAGGCAUUUCACAUACAACAUGGAAGGACCAAGAUUCGAACGAAAAUUGAUUCAGUUUCAAUACACAUCAUGGCCCGACAUAAAUGUACCAGGGACGGCUUUAUCUUUAGUGCAAUUCUGGAGAAAAGUUCGACAAAGCGAACUUGUCGAAUACACGCCAUGGAUGGUCCAUUGCAGUGCCGGUGUAGGAAGGACUGGAUCCUUCAUUGCAAUAGACUACCUCUAUGAACAAGGAAAGGUUGAUGGGAAACUGAAUAUUCCAGACACUGUGAAUGUUUUAAGGGAGCAACGAAUGAACAUGGUACAGACAAAGGAGCAGUAUCUGUAUCUUCAUGAAGUUAUUACGGAACUGCUAGACCCCAUUGGACAGAUUGUCAAUCCUGAAAAGGGUAUGAGGUUACAGUCAACUGUGAACGAAUACAAUACACUGAACAAGGAGUUUAAAGCAAUAACAGAAUCGAUCGUGAGUGUGAAAACAGUGGAAGGCGACUGUGAUUUGAACAGAAUGCCGGACGGUCUAUUACCGGAAAACAUAUGCAAAUCAAUUGAUAAAAAUGUCAUACCAGAUGACAUGUACAGACCACUUCUUUCGUCUGGAAAUGAUUUCAUAAAUGCUGUGUAUAUUCCGACUUACCGAGAAAAUGAAAAGUAUAUUGUGACGCAGUUUCCGUUGCAAAAUACUGUUAAUGACUUUGUACGGCUCUUGUGGGACCACAACAUUCUGGAUGUUGUUUUACUUGACGAAGAAAACGAAGAGCGUCAUUGCUAUUGGCCCCACAACAAGAAUCCCCUUUGUUUGGGACCAUUUGUCAUCAGUCUUUUAUCUGUGGAUGAUGCAACGAACUGGACUACUCGAAUAAUAGAUAUAACGCUUGCAGAAAAGCGUCAAAGCAAAAAAACGGUGGUACAUCAGUUCACAGCGUGGCCUGAUGUGAAUCUUUGUGAAGAAGACACAUUGGCCAACUUCCUCCAGAAGAUCAGCAGUAUUGCAGGACCUGUUGUUGUUCAAUGCCACGAUGGGUACUCGCGGAGUGGUCUGUUUGCAGCACUUUUGUGCACUGUCGACCGAAUAAAGACCGACAAUGAAGUUGCAAUAGCGGACACGGUCAGGCUCGUGAAACAACGGCGCAAGGCGGCUGUUACAAACAUGGAGCAGUACACAUUUUGUCAUGAAGUAGUCGUUGAAUACCUUAAGAGAAGAGAAAAACAUACGGAAGAAAAAGAAGAUCAACAGUACGUAAAAAUGACAAAUCCUGCUUUCAAACAAGAGAUUACUGUACAUAAAAGUGGGACAAAGUGAUUCAAUGUGUUAAAGUAGUUGCAUAACCAUGGUCGUGUUAUUACAAUCACAAAACUAGUGAUAGAGGACAAAUUUAAAAUUGACUACUCAUGAUCAUAUGAAAACCAAGACACAAAAUACGUGUUUUUAAAGAGUUAGUAAUCCACAGUGUCAUAAUUCAUGUUAGACUCCGAAGGUUAUUUUUACUACUUGAUUUGAAAUCUUGUUAAAUAUCAGGUAUCACAUGUUGUAAAUAGAGCGUUAUUCCAUAUUGAUCUGUAUAUGAAUUAUAUUUACACUCGAGUCCCGCUUUUAAGGAAAACACUUUCCGAAGAAAUAUGAAAUGGCUGUUAAACCAAAAAAUAGAUACUAACAGAAAUAUAAAAUGAAACAUUCCUGAGAC